AUGAUUGGAGUACCUCCAAGAGAUACAUUCCAUUCAUUAACUUCUCUUGAAAACCUAAAUAUCGAGAUGACUGGCAAAGAGGUAGAUGUUCAUCAACCAUGCAUCGAUCUCUCUCGUUUGCAGAACCUCAAAGAGUUAGGUUUGGAUGGAGGCUAUCGGAACUGCGACAUCGAACUUAUGGUACCAACUUUAAUCAAAAUACUUGUCCUCAUGUCCCCAUACAUUACAAUAUCAUCGAAUUGUACAAUGCCAUUGUUGGACAAGUUUUAUGUGAGGCAAUGUUUAUUGAUUCAUGGUCUACUUGGACAACUUGUAUUGCCAGCAUCAAUCACUCAUCAAACUGAAACAAACUGUCAACAUUUCUCCAGCACCUGUCUCACUUCCACUACAUUUGAAAAAACUGGUUUGGAAUGUCCCAGAACAGCCAAUUGA